CAUCUCUAGAAGCUAAGUAACCUAUAUUUAACAACUUGCUGUCCCCAAAUUUGCUUUUUUUGUGUGUGGACAUUUUAAUUUAAGUUUAAUCAAUUCUUAAUCACUUGCUGUUUUCUCCCACAAAUGUCCAUUUUUCUUUUAGCAUAAUGGGGAUCUACAGGCUGGGGGUGCUGUAGACUCAUAGAAGGGUUUUCUAAGUUUAUAGGUAACCUUACAACAUGCAAAUGGCCAGUAAGAAUAUUACUAACAUGUAUCCAGUAAAUAGGACCAGAACCAACAUAGACACUAAAAUGUUUUUUGUUACAGCAUUCAUUUACCUAAAACAGUGGGGGUAAAAGGAGGAAGCAUGUUCAUUUAUGGUUCUGACUGAAGAGUUAAAAGGUAUUUAAAAAUAUGGCCAAGAAAAGCUAAUGCUAUAGAAAUAGGACAAGUCCACACAACCAUACUCAGUUUAAAGAAGGAGGAGAGAACCACAGUGAAAUUUAGGACAUCAUUUAAAUAAAUGCACAAGAGGCCACCAGAAUGUGCUUUUCAUCGUGUCAGUGUUUAUUUCCGAUACAAGCUAUUAGGGAACAUUAAAUAAUAAGAAAGUCUCCCAGAAAAAAAAAAAAAAUCCCCUUUCAAAUUCCUUCUUUUACUUAGCCAAGAUCUUGGGAAGGGGGAAAGGAAAAUUUCCACUGACCCAGCUCGUGAUUUACAUACAGAAAGCUAGUAAAUGAAUGGAAGCUAGGGGUGUGUGUGUGUGUGUGUGUGUGUGUGUGUGUGUGUGUGUGUAUUGAGGGAAGAAUUGAGGGAGGUAGUGUGAGGAGUUAGAAGCGGUGUGUUUUCUUCUCUGCUGCAGAAAAUAAGAUUACUCACCAAGAACAUUUUGAACCAGGGCAAAUGUUUAUCCCCUCGAUCAUCCAGCGCUUCAGUCUCUGCAAGAAAUCAAUUUCCACCCUACCCUUCCCUCUUACUCCUGAAAGAGAGAGAUGAACAAUUCUUAAAGCUUCGGGGUUCUCCUUAAGAUCUCGGGAAGAGCAAAAGGCUCCCCCAGAGCUCUUAUACAGAUCCAUGCUAUAAGAGUGAACCCAACGGGAAAGAAUGGAAGAAAGGUGUUUUUUUUUUUUUUUUUUUCUCUAUUAGGGAAAAGAGGGAAGGAAGAAACCAUACAUAUCACAGCCAAAUAUAAAUCAGUCACAACAAAAUUACCAGUUUCUGUUAUUUAGGUAGAUUCCCCCGAGGAAUCUGAUCUCAAAGGAGGGAAAAGGAAGUUCCAGGAUCUCCUAUUAAAAUAACAAUUAAAAUGAACGAAAAAAUCAAAGAAUGAAAGGUCCGUGGGAAUAGAAAGGUAUUGGGGUAGAGUGAGGGGAGCACUGGGAAGGGAACGGGGGAUGGGAGCGGAGGAGGGAGGAGGAAUAAAGCUAAUCUUACCCAAUCGAUCAUACAAUCGUUUGUUCAAUUUCAAGCAGAGGAAUCACGAUAGAAAAAUAGCAAGAUAAUGCAUUCAGCAGAGAGCCAUUUCUAAUUUCCCUCUUGUUAGGAACCAAGCACGAAAGCGAAAAUAGGGGCUUUGGGAAGGUAGAAGGGGGUAGGCUCGAUCUCGGCACUGCCCCAGCUCCCAAGGGAUAGUCUCCAGGAAUUCCCAGAGCACAACCUUAGGCUCUCAUUCCUAACCCCCAUUCUCUCCUCUCAAGGGGAAUUGUGGUUUCUGAAAGAAGGCGAUCCCUUUAAGUGGAUUGCAAAUAGGAUUCACUCAUGAAUCAGGCUGCUGCUGCUGCCGCUGCUGCUGUUGCUGUUGCUGCUGAUGCCGUGACUGCUGGAACUAGUCACUUUCCCUUUCCCAAAGCCUGCCUUUCUCUAAGCCUAUCAGGCUCCGUGCCCCUUAAAGCUCCUUCUUAUCUUCUGGGUUUCUUCCACAUUCUCUGCCCUUCGAUUGAUUAUCGUUGAAUGGAGUCAGUUGGAGGGUUCCUGUCAGUAGGGGUUGGUUCUGUUGGUUUCUUUUCCCAACACCCUCCCUCAAUAAGUUGCUGCUGGUUGAGAAGGUUGGAGGGAAAUCCCAAAUAAAAGGAACUGACUGACAGAAUGCUAUUAGUUCUAUUAAUAAUGAUCACAACUCAGGUAUCUUGAGAGGAAUCGAGAUAGUGAAGAGCAGCAGAAUUUCUGAGGCUGUCCUCCCUUGAAUUCUCAUUGGAUCCUCCCUGGCUCCCUAAAUCAUUCCUGCUGCUAUAUCUAUCAGGAUGACUACAGCCUCUCUCACUAGUUCUCUCUUUAUCUCCCUGUCUUCCCCACAUCCUUUUACUUCUCUGGGCAGAUUUAUCAGUAUUCCUCCCCCUGUAAACUGGGUUUUCACAGCCUCUUUUCCCCCCACCCUCAGAGGAAUUCACAACCUGUAAUUAUUCACUUCUUCUGCCUGAGGAUCUUCACAAAUCCACUUUUCCCUUCCUCUUCACAUUUUUGUUUCCUUUUGUUUGGGGUCUGGUGACUCUGUAUAUCUGGCUCAUACUUGGUUCCAUGCCACAAGGAACUGCUGAUUAUUUCUAAGUCCAACCACCAUGCAGAUCACUCUUUUAGCUUAAUCCGCAACAUCAUGGAAUGUCUAUUUGAUUUCUGGAUACAUUUUUCUCAAAGUCAUCUUGCUUCCUGAAAUUUCCUCUGGUGUUGAGGGAAAGCUAAGAGAAUGAAGGCUCUAAGUACCCUGUGGAAGCAUGAUAUGGCGGUGCAGUGCUGGUGCUGAAUUGCUCUCUCUGAUGGCUCUAUGGGAGUGGAUAGCACUGAGUCUUCAUUGCUGGGUUUUAGCAGUUGCUGCUGUUUCGGAUCAGCAUGCCACAAGCCCCUUCGACUGGCUCCUCUCUGAUAAGGGACCCUUCCAUCGCUCACAGGAAUACACAGAUUUUGUGGACAGAAGCCGGCAGGGAUUUAGCACAAGAUACAAGAUUUACAGGGAAUUUGGCCGCUGGAAAGUAAAUAAUCUUGCUGUGGAGAGAAGAAAUUUCCUCGGCUCCCCACUGCCUCUUGCCCCUGAAUUCUUUCGAAAUAUAAGGCUUUUGGGACGUCGCCCCACCCUUCAACAAAUCACGGAAAACCUCAUCAAAAAAUAUGGGACCCACUUCUUGCUGUCAGCUACUCUGGGAGGAGAGGAGUCACUCACAAUUUUUGUGGAUAAGCGGAAGUUGAGCAAGAGAUCAGAAGGAAGUGAUUCUACAACCAAUAGUUCCUCAGUCACUCUUGAGACUCUUCAUCAACUUGCUGCUUCCUAUUUCAUUGAUAGGGACAGCACACUACGGAGACUUCACCACAUUCAAAUUGCAUCCACUGCCAUAAAGGUAACAGAAACACGAACUGGUCCACUUGGCUGCAGUAACUAUGACAACCUAGAUUCAGUCAGUUCUGUUCUGGUUCAAAGUCCUGAGAAUAAGAUUCAGUUACAAGGGCUUCAAGUCAUCCUUCCAGACUAUCUACAGGAGCGUUUUGUGCAGGCAGCUCUGAGCUAUAUUGCCUGCAAUUCAGAGGGAGAGUUUAUUUGUAAAGACAAUGAUUGCUGGUGUCAAUGUGGCUUCAAAUUCCCAGAAUGCAACUGUCCUUAUAUGGAUAUUCAAGCCAUGGAAGAAAAUCUUCUUCGAAUAAGUGAAACCUGGAAUGCUUACAACAAUGAUUUUGAGGAAUCAGAUGAAUUCAAAUUCUUUAUGAAAAGGCUCCCCAUGAAUUAUUUCCUCAACACAUCUACCAUAAUGCAUUUGUGGACAAUGGAUUCUAAUUUUCAGCGUCGUUAUGAACAACUGGAGAACAGCAUGAAACAACUUUUCCUCAAGGCGCAGAAAAUUGUACACAAGCUUUUUAGCCUUAGUAAGAGGUGUCAUAAACAACCACUCAUCAGCCUGCCAAGACAAAGAUCUUCAACCUACUGGCUAACUCGUAUCCAAUCCUUUCUGUACUGCAAUGAAAAUGGCCUUUUGGGAAGUUUUUCUGAAGAAACCCACUCUUGUACUUGCCCCAAUGACCAGGUUGCCUGCCAUAGCUUCCUCCCCUGCAUUGUGGGAGAUGGUUCUUCAUGUUUGACCUGUGCUCCUGAUAAUCGUACACGCUGUGGAAAUUGUAAUACUGGAUAUAUGCUGAGUCAAGGGCUUUGUAAACCAGAAGUGGCAGAAUCCACAGAGCACUAUAUUGGUUUUGAGACUGACCUGCAGGAUCUGGAAAUGAAAUAUCUAUUGCAGAAAACUGACCGGAGAAUUGAAGUUCAUGCCAUUUUCAUCAGUAACGACAUGCGUCUCAAUAGCUGGUUUGAUCCUUCCUGGCGCAAGCGAAUGCUCCUUACCCUGAAGAGCAACAAGUACAAAGCAAGCCUUGUUCACAUGAUUUUGGGUCUUUCCUUGCAGAUUUGCUUAACUAAAAAUAGCACCUUGGAGCCAGUUUUGGCUGUUUAUGUCAAUCCCUUUGGAGGCAGCCACUCUGAGAGUUGGUUUAUGCCUGUGAAUGAAAACAGUUUCCCAGACUGGGAGCGGACUAAGUUGGACUUGCCACUUCAGUGUUAUAACUGGACGCUAACGCUGGGCAACAAAUGGAAGACUUUUUUUGAAACAGUACAUAUCUACUUGAGGAGUCGCAUCAAGUCAAAUGGUCCAAAUGGCAAUGAAAGCAUCUACUAUGAACCACUGGAGUUUAUUGACCCUUCCCGGAACCUGGGCUACAUGAAAAUCAACAACAUUCAAGUAUUUGGCUACAGCAUGCAUUUUGACCCUGAAGCAAUUCGGGAUUUGAUUUUGCAGCUGGACUACCCCUAUACUCAGGGAUCCCAGGACUCAGCACUUUUGCAGCUGCUUGAGAUAAGGGACCGUGUAAAUAAACUCUCCCCACCUGGUCAGCGUCGUCUUGACCUUUUCUCUUGCUUGCUUCGUCAUAGACUCAAGUUGUCGACUAGUGAGGUGGUGAGAAUUCAAUCUGCUUUGCAGGCCUUUAACUCCAAAUUGCCAAACACAAUGGAUUAUGACACAACCAAAUUAUGUAGUUAACCAUAAAUGUCAAGCACAACCCAAAACCUUGAAGGAGUUUUUACAGUGCUUUUGUGGAACAGUUUAUGUUUGGAAGAGUAAAUUUAAAUUGUCUUUUCAAUAUCUGUCUUAUAUCAGUCAAUACCGUUGGAUGGCAAUUUACACAUGAACUUGCUGACAAUGAAUAUAUUAUACCUACAGUUUUGGUUUAUGAAUGAAAUAAAUACUGACACCAGUCUAGAAGACAUUCUACUUUUUACAAUAAAUUUCAUUUGUAAUUUUA